AUGGAUGCGACUGCAGAGAUCCUUGUCCAAGGUGGAGAUUCUGUCGCCACGACGCGUCGGUCUUCGAGAACUACGAAGCCGACGGCAAAACUGCAGGAAAAGCUGCAGGCGGCCGAGAAAAAGACGGACAUGGCAAAGAAUAUGUGGUCGCAGCAGUCGCAUGAAGGUGGGAGUGAAGGUGAGAACGGACCGGCCGACAGGGUUGGAGAAUCACAGAUGAUGGGAGACGCGACGGGCAACGACGCGUCGCUCAUGCAGACCAUGCUCCGAGGGAUGCUCCAGGAGACGUCGACCCAUCUCAUGAGCGAACAGAAGCAGAUGCUCGAGCCUCUGGGACGCGUUGAUGGGGAAUCAGCGAACGGCGACGCAGAUAUGAGCGAACAGCUGGAGACGAUCCGACAGCUUCAGCAAGAAAUCCAGGCGAGGAAAUCCAUGACCCCUAAGAUCGCCAGUAGCUGCAACCUGAAUCGUGCAUCCUUGGGGAAAACCCCCGCAGGAGAAAAACCCAAGGCGGCCAGAACGCUGUUUUGUAGACGAGGCAGUCGCCUCGUUCCACCAUCUCCAGGUAAGCUCUGUACCAUUUCGACCCAGCGGUUUUGUCUAGUGGUCUCAGCCAGUGAGACAAAUCGUCGUAGCCCAGUUGUGUUCCGAGCAGCAGGCGAGGCUGCAAAGAAGAGGUUCUCUGGGCAGUACACGACUGCAGAGAUCGGUCAUGCAGCUUCCGAGCUGCAAAAAGGGCAGCGAGCCAUGUGGGGCUCGUGCGUCGAGGUCGGGGGCACCAAAGGGGCCCAGAAAGUCGAGAAGGUGAGGGUGAGGGUGCAACGACCCUGGAUGUCUAGCAGCAGGAUGCUGCGAAUGUCGUCUGGGCAGCCGAGGUUGCAGAGGUCGGUCGUACGGGGGAAAAUCGAGGGCGCAGAGCCCGAAAUGUCGCAGGCUCGCGAAGCCGAAAUGUCGAGGUAG